AUGAGGACUGCAAUUCUCAAGCUCGAGCCCCCCUUCCGCCCGCUCGCCGCCCUCCAGCUCUUCCGCUCCGCCCCCUCCGCCCUCUCCCUCCCCCACUCCGCCCGCUCCUACACCGCCGUCCUCGCCACCCUCGUCGCCCACUCCCAGCUCCCCCUCGCCCAAUCCCUCCUCGCCGACAUGCGCGCCGCCGGUUUCGCCCCCACCACCGCCACCUACAACGUCCUCCUCAAGGCCCACUGCUCCGAUGCCGCCGCUCCCAUCGACGACGCCGUCCGCCUUUUCCGGAACAUCCCCAAACCCGACGCCUGCUCUUACAACACCCUCAUUGAUGGGCUCUGCCGCUGCAGCCGCCGUGCCGAGGCCCUCCAGCUGUUCUCCGAGAUGGUAGCAAACGGCAUUGCGCCUACGGUGGUUACUUACACGACUGUUAUCAAUUGGCUCGCCCGGGAGGGUUGCUUGGACGAUGCGCUGGAGAUGUUUGAUCAAAUGGCGAAGAGAGGUAUUGCACCGAAUGUUGUCACAUAUAGUUCUUUGAUUGACGGGUUGUGCAAGGGUGGGCGCGCAGCAUCGGCACUGGAGUUGCUGGAUAGGAUGGUCAAGGAGAAGAAGCUGCCAAAUACAAUCACAUAUAGCUCUGUGAUUAACGGUCUCUGUAAGGAAAGCCGGAUAAGGGACGCAAUGGAGAUUUUGGACCGGAUGCGUCUCCAGGGGAGGAAGCCUGAUGCUGGCUUGUUUGGGAAGCUAAUUGUUGGGCUGUGUGAUGGAGGAAGGCCCGUGGAGGCUGCAAAUUACCUGGAUGAGAUGGUUCUUGCUGGCGUUCAACCCAACCGGGUGACCUGGAGCUUGCAUGUCAGGAUAAACGAUGCAGUGGUGACAGCAUUAUGUGCUAAGGGUGAAGCUGAGAGGGCUUUCCGGGUUUACCAGAGCAUGACGACGCGUGGCAUUUCUACUGAGCCAGGCACUUUUCAUCUCCUGGUCGAGUUCUUCUCCAAAAAGAACAAUUUGGAGAAAGCAGCUCAUGUUGUGCUAGACAUGCUGUCAGAGAGGUGCAUCCCUGAGAGAGAAACAUGGGAUGUUAUUAUCAGUGGGUAUUGGAGUAAGAAGAAGGUGAGACAAGAAGCUGAGAAAAUGUGGAAGCAGUUAGCAGUCACCUGAUUUGGAAUAAAUGUGGUGCUACACUGUGCUAGUACAUGAUGUGCCUGAGCUCUCAGCAAUCUAAAUUGUCCCUUGAGGUAGUAACAUAUUUCUCUUUCCAUCAUGGUGUUUACACAAGCGAGAUAGUAUCGUCACAUCGGUGUUUCCAUUUCCGGGAUUAUGUGAUGUACUGAAGUUCAUUAUUUGUACACAUUUGAAGCUACAAGCAAGCUGGCAGUGUUCAGGAACUAGGGCGAACUAAUACUUUGAAGACCCAAACUAUUGUGUAGAUACCGGAAAGCCAAUGCCAUGGCGGGUGGUUGGGAAGCUGACAAAUAGUAUGCUUCCAAUAACUCCAAUAGCAACUGGUAAUGUUGUGAGUACUUGCUUUGUAUCCUCUGAUGGUAUUGGAUAGAAGCAAGAAACCACAUUUUGAUCAAACAGAGCUAUUGCAACAAAAAUCAUCGCGGAGACAGUUGCAUGGACAAAGUCUAGAAAUUUUAUCUUGUAUUCAACUGCAGCAUGUGGAUCAAGAGUAGCGCCACCAUCAAUGACCCAUAACCCCUUGAACGUGGCAAACCCGUAUCUUACCUUUCCUUUCUCAUCCCUGAAGCUAUCUGUGAAGCUAAGAACAAAGCAUGACAGUGUACAUAGUAUCACAAGCCCUCCUGCCAUCAUCCGAU